GGAACUAAACCGACAGGUUUUCUUCUUCUCGGUUUGCUUUGUGUCAUUCACGUUGCGUGUUACUGCCACCGAGUGGUCAAAGGGGUGGAGUGAUGCCUUCAAGUGUUCUCUGGGUCGAUGGGUAAACUUCGCUUGUACAUGUUGUCAUAAAUGUGACGGACUUGUUGCAAACUCGGUGUUUUGGUCGAAAACGUUAACGCAAAUAUAUUGCAACAAUUGCGUUAGAUGUAGCAAUUUUAUUGCCAAAGUAUUCAUUAAAAAAAACUCCACACACUCUUUCAAAAAAACAAAAACAAAAAAAAACAUUUGCACUUCACCAGCAGUUGGGGGUAGUGAGCUCAGAAUGUUGACAUCUUGUAAGUUACCAUAACAAGACGAGGAGGAAGAAAGAGCGGCGGACUAAUGUCAGACAGACAGGUGAAAAAAUGAAGACUCUGAUGGUGUUUGAUUUUGACCACACUGUGAUCGACGACAACAGUGACACUUGGGUGAUUAGAUGCCUUCCAGGUCAGACUCUUCCAGACUCUGUGAAAAAUUCCUACAGGAAAGGCCACUGGACUGAGUUCAUGGGCCAAGUGAUGAACUACAUAGGAGAGCAGCAGAUCAGCCCAGACAGGGUCCGCAGUGUGAUGGAGACCAUCCCCUUCACAGCUGGAAUGACCGACUUGCUGACAUUCAUAUCAGAGCAUAAAAGCACCAUCGACUGCAUAGUCAUCUCUGACUCCAACACCAUGUUCAUAGACUGGAUCCUCCACGCGUCUGGGUUCAAGGCGGCUGUGGAUCAGGUUUUCACCAACCCGGCUAGGUUCAAUGAGCUCGGGCACAUGGAGGUGCGGGGCCACCACUCUCACGACUGCGACCGAUGCCCCGUCAACCUCUGUAAGAGGAAAGUCCUGGAGGUGUAUCUGUCAGAGCAGUCAGACGGAGGUGUGGAGUACGAGCGGGUAUUCUACGCGGGGGACGGUGGGAACGAUCUCUGCCCAACUUCCUGUCUGAGAGGGCGUGACGUUGUGAUGCCCAGGAAGGGCUACACUCUGGAGAAACUGCUUGCCAGACUGGAACAACGGGAAGAUAAAGCUUCUCUCCGGGCUAAAGUGGUUGCCUGGAGCAGUGGCACUGACAUCCUCGAGGAACUGAAAGGGAGUAUGCAGUCGUACAAUACUUGAUCGACUUCUCAGAAAUAUGAAAUAUUGCACUGUGAGUGUGUACUGUAGAGGGCACAUGCUGCUCUCCUUAACUGUUUAAAUUUGAUUUCACAUUACCAAGACAGUAUUUCUCAUUUUAAAGUACGAUUGCUUUGGAAAAAUUAUUUCAAAUCAGGUACAAAUCCUUGAAAGUUGGUGAUGUGUCUGCAGGAAAUUUAAUUUUCUUUUUUCAAAACAGUAACAAGGCCCUGAAACAAGGUUGGACUCUCAGUUAUAAUCAGAUUUGUCUUUUAUUCCUAGGUGGAGGUGGGGAAUGGAGGAUUCUGUGCCCAAUUGCAAAAUACAGUACAAAAACAAUGUUUAUAUUGAACUGAAAUUUGGGGAUCACUGUUUACAGAAAAGCCUUUUAUUCACAGUAUCAAUUAUAAUGGCAGCUUGUGCUCUAAAAGUAACUAUAUAACAGGCUUCUUUUAGCGCAUUCAAAGAAAGGUUUUAUAUUUUGGGAAAUACGCGUAUCUGCUUUCUUUACUCCAAACCAAUGAGAUAUAAUGUGUUAAUUAGUAAUAUUUAAACAAGUAAAAAUAUAAAUGAUAUUUACCUUUACUGGUGCUGCUAGGCAGAUUUUGUUUCAGUUUCUUUGACAGACUAGGCUAGCUCUUUCCCCUGCAUUUAGUCUUUGUGCUAAGCUAAGCUAAUCAACUCCUAUUUUACCCCCAGGUAUUAACUCUCCACCAUGAAGCUCGACUUGUGUUACCAUCUUUCAUCAAAAUUGUAACACAAUAUCUAAUCCACCUCACCAGUACUUAAUGUUAUUACAAAAUGUUUAUGAGUAACAUUAUUAUAAAUAUUGAGCUAACUUAUGCUUUAAAAAAAACACUAUAAAACAUAAAAAUACACUUUAUGGCUUUAUCUAUGUGUAACCGUGUUACAUAUUGAAUUGCAAUAGGCCUAACUAAAAACAUGGCCAAGUGUCCCAGUUAGGGUUGGGUGAUAUCCCCUAUAUUGGCAGUUGACGAUGUUUACAGUAAAACAUCGCGAUGG